AUGUCGACCACUUCCGCUUCUCACAAUGCGACCGAAGAAAAGCAGGCUCCCACUUUAGCCGAAGUGGUUAGAAAGUUGGACACAGAAAAUCUUAUCGAAUUUUUGCGUGGGGAAGAAGACUUGCAACUUGACGAAGACGAUUUCAAAAUCCUCCGUGAUGAGAAGAUCGCUGGCCAUAAUUUCCUCAAGUUGAGCAAACAAGAUUUCAGGGAUUGCGGGUUUAAAGUGGGACCUGCUACGACUCUUGUGGAAUUUGCCAAGGAAGUUAAAGAGAAAAAAUUGAGGGCGUUUUCGUCGUACCGCAGUCUGAGAGAAGUGUUAUUAAAAUAUGGCUUUGAUAUUGAUGGUGUGGAAGCCAUUCCAUUGUUCGAACUUCCGCGAUACGAGAUCCAAGACAACGACCAGCAUUUUGCACAUUGCAUGGCAGAUAUUUUGUUCAGGAUGAAACAUUACGGGUCCUUAGUCUUGGAUAGUUUGGAAUCCAUGCGAAACGAAUACGUAUCGACAUUACUCCACACAGCUCUCCAUAUCGCAGGAGACUUAACUAGCAAAGAAUUUAGCAUGAGACCAGAAUACGAAAUCGUUGGUGAUGAAAGUUCCGGACGAGUUGAUUAUGGAAUCAAGGAGUCCGAAAACCUAAUCUGUGUUACCGAAGAUAAGGUUCAGAGUAGUAUACUCGAAGGGUUUGCCCAAAAUAUAAAACAACUCGAAAGCUCGUAUGAAACGAACAAGAAAAAACGAAAGCGGGAAGAUGAUGAUUUCGACUAUCUCUACGGAAUCGUGAC